CCGGGUGAGGGGCGUCCACCCUAGACUAGAGGAGCCGCGGAGGCCGCGCGCGGCCGACCGAGCGCCUUCAGGAUGCUCAUCAAGGAGUACCACAUCCUGCUGCCCAUGAGCCUGGACGAGUACCAGGUGGCCCAGCUCUACAUGAUCCAGAAAAAGAGCCGAGAGGAGUCGAGUGGCGAGGGCAGUGGCGUGGAGAUCCUGGCCAACCGGCCCUACACGGAUGGGCCGGGCGGCAGUGGACAGUACACGCACAAGGUGUACCACGUGGGCUCCCACAUCCCAGGCUGGUUCCGGGCACUGCUGCCCAAGGCCGCCCUGCAGGUGGAGGAGGAAUCUUGGAAUGCUUAUCCCUACACCCGAACCCGGUACACCUGCCCCUUUGUGGAGAAAUUCUCCAUUGAAAUUGAGACCUAUUACCUGCCCGAUGGGGGUCAGCAGCCCAAUGUCUUCAACCUGAGUGGGGCUGAGCGGAGACAGCGCAUCUUGGAUACCAUCGACAUCGUGCGGGAUGCCGUGGCCCCAGGCGAGUACAAAGCAGAAGAGGACCCCCGGCUGUACCGCUCGGCCAAGACAGGCCGAGGACCGCUGGCUGAUGACUGGGCGCGCACAGCAGCUCAGACCGGGCCCCUCAUGUGCGCCUACAAGCUGUGCAAGGUCGAGUUCCGCUACUGGGGCAUGCAGGCCAAGAUCGAGCAGUUCAUCCAUGAUGUUGGUCUGCGCCGGGUAAUGCUGCGGGCCCACCGACAGGCCUGGUGCUGGCAGGACGAGUGGACAGAGCUGAGCAUGGCUGACAUCCGGGCACUAGAGGAGGAGACGGCCCGCAUGCUGGCACAGCGUAUGGCCAAGUGCAACGCAGGCAGCGAGGGCCCCGAGGCCCAGCCCCCGGGGAAGCCAAGCACUGAGGCCCGGGCCGGCGGCGCCAGCCACGCCGGCACCCCUGACGGGCCCGAGGCCCCCCCGGGCCCCGAUGCCUCGCCCGAUGCCAGCUUCAGCAAGCAGUGGUCUUCAUCCUCCCGUUCCUCCUACUCAUCCCAGCAUGGAGGGGGCGUGUCUCCCCAGACUCUGUCCGAGUGGCGCAUGCAGAACAUCGCCCGGGACUCUGAGAACAGCUCCGAGGACGAGUUCUUUGAUGCCCAUGAAGGCUUCUCGGACAGUGACGAGGUCUUCCCCAAGGAGAUGACCAAGUGGAACUCCAACGACUUCAUAGACGCCUUUGCCUCCCCCGUGGAGGCUGAGGGGACACCAGACCCUGGAACCGAGGGCACCAAAGACCUAGGGGACGGGGCCCGGGCACCCAGGGACUCGGAAGGCCCAGAUGGAGACAGCGCCGGGGAGCUGGGGGCAGACACGUGCGCGGUCCAUGCCCUCUUCCUCGUCCUGCACAGUGGCAGCAUCCUAGACUCGGGCCCAGGAGAUGCUGACUCCAAGCGGGCGGACGUGCAGACGUUGAGCCUAGCCUUUGAGGCUGUCACCCGCGUCCACUUUCCCGAAGCCCUAGGCCACGUGGCACUGCGCCUGGUGCCCUGCCCACCCAUCUGUGCCGCCGCCUAUGCCCUCGUCUCCAACCUGAGCCCCUACAGCCAUGAUGGGGACAGCCUGUCCCGCUCCCAGGACCACAUUCCCCUGGCUGCCCUGCCACUGCUGGCCACCUCGUCAUCCCGAUACCAGGGCGCCGUGGCCACAGUCAUCGCCCGCACCAACCAGGCCUACUCGGCCUUCCUGCGCUCCUCCGAGGGCGCCGGCUUCUGCGGGCAGGUGGUGCUGAUCGGGGACGGUGUCGGCGGGAUCCUGGGCUUUGAUGCGCUCUGCCACAGUGCCAGCGUGGGCACUGGGAGCCGGAGCAGCAGCCGCCGUGGAAGUAUGAACAAUGAGCUGCUCUCCCCGGAGGCAGGCCCAGUGCGGGAUCCCCUAGCAGAGGGGGCUGAGGGGCUGGGCCGGGCCAGCCCAGAACCCUCUGCCCUGCCCACCCAGCGCACCCCCAGUGACAUGGCCGGUCCCGAGCCUGAGGGCUCUCAAAACAGCCUGCAGGCAGCUCCACCAGCCACCUCCUCCGGGGAGCCCCGGCGGGCAAGCACAGCCUCCUGCCCACCCACUGCCACCUCUGAGGCUCCCGACGGUGCCCCCUGUGCCGCCCGCCUUGACUUCAAGGUCUCCGGCUUCUUCCUCUUUGGCUCCCCGCUCGGCCUGGUGCUGGCUCUGCGCAAAACCGUGAUGCCCACAUUGGAGGUGGCCCAGAUGCGGCCAGCCUGCGAGCAGAUCUACAACCUCUUCCACGCGGCUGACCCCUGCGCCUCCCGCCUUGAGCCCCUGCUGGCCCCCAAGUUCCAGGCCAUCGCCCCCCUGGCAGUGCCCCGCUACCAGAAGUUCCCUCUGGGAGAUGGCUCAUCUCUGCUGCUGGCUGACACUCUGCAGACCCACUCAGGCCUCUUUCUGGAGGAGCUGGAGAUGUUGGUGCCCUCAACGCCCACGUCUGCCAGUGGUGCUUUCUGGAAGGGCAGUGAGUUGGGCGGUGACCCGCCAGCCCAGCCAACUGCCCCCAGCACCACUAGUGAGGUGGUUAAGAUCCUGGAGCGCUGGUGGGGGACCAAGCGGAUUGACUACUCGCUGUACUGCCCGGAGGCGCUCACCGCCUUCCCCACCGUCACGCUGCCCCACCUCUUCCACGCCAGCUACUGGGAGUCGGCCGACGUGGUGGCCUUCAUCCUGCGACAGGUGGGCCCAGGGAUGCUCCUAAGCCCCUCCCAGGCGCGGGUCCCCCUCAUCAGCUCUUCCCGCCUCCCUGUCAUCUCCUGGCUGCGGGCUCACACUGUCUCCUCCCGCCAGAACGUCACCUCCAACCACCGGGCGAGCGACACGGUGGUGUGCGAGGGCCGCCCCCAGGUGCUGAACGGGCGCUUCAUGUACGGACCCUUGGAUGUAGUCACGCUCACGGGAGAGAAGGUGGACAUCUACAUCAUGACGCAGCCGCUGUCGGGCAAGUGGAUCCACUUUGGCACCGAGGUCACCAACAGCUCGGGCCGUCUCACCUUCCCAGUGCCCCUGGAGCGUGCUCUGGGCGUCGGCGUUUACCCGGUGCGCAUGGUGGUCAGGGGCGACCACACCUACGCCGAGUGCUGCCUAACGGUGGUGGCCCGCGGCACUGAGGCCGUGGUCUUCAGCAUCGACGGCUCCUUCACCGCCAGUGUGUCCAUCAUGGGCAGCGACCCCAAGGUGCGCGCCGGCGCCGUGGACGUGGUCAGGCACUGGCAGGACGCGGGCUACCUGAUUGUGUACGUGACGGGCCGUCCUGAUAUGCAGAAGCACCGCGUGGUGGCCUGGCUGUCGCAGCACAACUUCCCCCACGGCGUCGUCUCCUUCUGCGAUGGCCUCACUCACGACCCACUGCGCCAGAAGUUGAUGUUCCUGCAGAGCCUGGUGCAGGAGGUGGAACUGAACUUCGUGGCCGGCUACGGGUCCCCCAAAGACGUGGCCGUGUAUGCGGCGCUGGGCCUGCCUGCUAGCCAGACCUACAUCGUGGGCCGCGCCGUGCGGAAGCUGCAGGCGCAGUGCCAGUUCCUGUCCGAUGGCUACGUGGCCCACCUGGGCCAGCUGGAGGCUGGCUCCCACCCUCAUGCCACCGCGGGACCCUCAAGGGCCGCCCUGGCCAAGAGCAGCUAUGGCGGGGCUGCCCCUGUGGACUUCCUCCGGAAACAGAGCCAGCUGCUCCGCUCAAGGGGCCCCAGCCAGGCGGAGCGGGAGGGCCCAGGGACCCCACCCACCACCCUGGCACGGGGCAAGGCGCGGAGCAUCAGCCUCAAGCUGGACAGUGAAGAGUGAGGUCCCAACUGUGGCUGGACUUGGGUUAUUUAUUCAUACACUUGAGGAGCCCCUGUGGCUGCCUGUGGAAGGCUGGGGCCCCAGCCCCACAGCCUGCAUCUCUUUGCCCUCAGUGUUAGUUCCCUUUCAUGCUGGGGGACCCAGCCCUGGGGGCUGGAGGAAGGAGCAGCAAGGGUCCAGAGGCUUUUCCAGCGUGUGUGACUCCACGGAAAUAAACACCGCCUGCAUCCCGCCUGACUACCCA